GCUCGCUGAUCUCAAUGUAUUCCUUCCUUGCUUUCAUUUCUUUAAUUAUUAUAUUUUUAUGAACGUUUGUUAGUUGGUGCUUUGUUAUGCACUGCUGUAGUAGAAAAACAAGGCCAAGUGUACCACUUCAUGAGCUUGAGUUCAAACCAAGCAAGCUUAAUAUAGAACUCGCAUAGUGAGAAACACACACACAGAUAGAGAGAGAAACAGUGGAGAGAGAGAGAGAGAGCAAGAGAGAGAAACAUCAAACCCCAAAUGAUGCAAACCCGAGAAGAAAGGUUUGGAAAUUGAGGCAAAUGUCGAUGCCCAGCUCGAGACAAUCCCACCCCUCCUCCUCUUCACCAUCACCAUUCUUAACCAAAUCUCCACCACCACUCUUCACUCUUCUCACAACCCUUUUCACCAUUCUCACCGCCACCGCUGCCACCACCGCCAACCACGAAGCCACAACACUCUUAUCAUGGCUUCACACCUCUGUUUCAUCACCACCUUCCUCAUUCUCAAAUUGGAUCUCACUUGACACCGACCCAUGUAGGUGGACACACAUCACAUGUAACCCACAAGGCUUUGUCUCCCAAAUCAACAUCCAAUCAAUCCCUUUACAGCUUCCAUUGAAUUUGAAUCUCUCUUCAUUGAUUCACCUCCAAACACUCGUCAUUUCAGAUGCUAAUCUCACCGGAACUAUCCCCGCCGAGCUCGGUGACCUCCAUUCACUCACUCUCAUCGACCUUAGCUCAAACAGUUUAGUGGGUUCAAUCCCAUCAACCAUAGGCAAGCUUCAAAACCUCCAAGACUUGAUCUUGAACUCAAAUCAACUCACUGGAAAAUUCCCAAUUGAGCUCAGCAACUGCCAAAGCCUCAGGAAUCUAAUCCUAUUCGAUAACCGUCUCACCGGGAAUAUUCCGGCUGAAUUAGGCCAAUUGUCCAGUCUUGAAGUCCUUCGCGCCGGCGGCAACAAGGACAUCGUCGGAGAAAUUCCCGGCGAGCUCGGAAACUGCGGUAACCUGACUGUGUUGGGGCUUGCAGAUACUCGGGUUUCGGGUUCUAUACCGGCUUCAUUGGGUAGGCUUGGAAAGCUUCAGACACUGUCCGUAUACACCACAAUGCUCUCCGGAGAAAUUCCACCUGAGAUAGGUAACUGUUCUGCUCUUGUGAACUUGUAUUUAUAUGAAAAUGGUCUUUCAGGUUCGAUUCCGCCGGAGCUCGGGAAGCUCCGGAAUCUGGAGAAGAUGUUGUUGUGGCAGAACAAUUUAGUUGGGAUCAUCCCAGAUGCGAUUGGGAAUUGUACUAGCUUGACAAUGAUUGAUCUUUCAUUGAACUCUCUCUCUGGAACAAUUCCAUGGUCAUUUGGUGGGCUUGUUGAGCUUGAAGAGCUUAUGAUUAGUGAUAAUAAUGUGUCUGGUUCAAUCCCAUCAGUACUUUCCAAUGCGUCCAAUCUUUUACAGUUACAGCUUGACACCAAUCAGAUCUCAGGUUUGAUCCCUCCCGAGCUUGGGAUGUUGUCAAAGCUUGUGGUGUUCUUUGCUUGGCAAAACCAGCUUGAAGGAAGCAUACCUUCUAGUUUGGCUAAGUGUAGUAACCUUCAAGCACUUGACUUGUCACAUAAUUCACUUACUGGUAGUAUACCUCUUGGCUUGUUUCAACUACAAAACCUCACAAAAUUUCUCUUGAUUUCGAAUGACAUUUCGGGUUCAAUACCACCAGAGGUUGGUGAUUGUAGCUCUCUUGUGAGGCUUAGGCUUGGAAACAAUCGAAUUACCGGGGAGAUUCCGAAAGAAAUUGGGGGUCUAAAGAGCUUAAAUUUUCUUGAUUUGUCUGGAAAUCGCCUUUCUGGAUUGGUGCCAGAUGAGAUUGCAAGCUGCAUAGAAUUGCAAAUGGUAGACAUCAGCAACAACACACUAGAGGGUCCCCUGCCUAAUUCAUUGUCAUCACUAUCCGGGCUCCAAGUUUUGGAUGCUUCGAGUAAUCGAUUCACGGGUCCUAUUCCAGCGAGCUUUGGACGCCUUGAUUCGUUGAACAAGCUUGUUCUAAGCAAGAAUUCGUUCUCUGGAUCGAUCCCUUCGUCGCUUGGCCUUUGUUUGAGUCUCCAGUUGCUUGAUCUUAGCAGCAAUGAGCUCUUUGGGAAUAUCCCAAUUGAGUUGUGUAAGAUUGAGGCCCUAGAAAUUGCUCUCAACCUCAGUUGUAAUGGGCUCACAGGGUCUAUUCCUGCUCAAAUAUCAGCACUCAACAAGCUUUCCAUAUUAGACCUUUCACAUAACAAGCUUCAGGGGGACUUGAAUCCUCUUUCUGAGCUUGACAAUCUUGUCUCUCUCAACAUCUCUUACAACAACUUCACCGGUUAUCUUCCCGACAACAAGCUCUUUCGACAAUUAUCAUCAACUGACUUGGCUGGAAACCAAGGCUUAUGCUCUUUUGGCCAUGACUCGUGCUUCUUGAGCAAUGUUGCCAAGACAGGGCUAAAGGAAAAUGAGAGUGAUGUUAGGCGGUCUAGGAGGCUUAAAUUAGCAAUUGCAUUGCUAAUCACUAUGACAAUUGCAAUGGUGAUCAUGGGAAUAUUUGCAGUUAUUCGAGCACGAAGGACUAUUAGAGGUGACAGUGAUUCAGAAAUGGGUGAGUCAUGGCCUUGGCAAUUCACUCCAUUCCAGAAGCUGAACUUCUCAGUAGACCAAGUGUUGAGAUGCUUAGUGGAUACUAAUGUGAUAGGAAAAGGGUGUUCUGGGGUGGUCUAUCGUGCAGAUAUGGAGAAUGGAGACAUUAUUGCAGUGAAAAAGCUUUGGCCAACAACCAUGGCUGCAACCAAUGGUUGUAACGACGAGAAAACUGGAGUUCGUGAUUCCUUCUCUGCUGAGAUAAAGACCCUUGGCUCAAUACGCCAUAAGAACAUUGUUAGGUUCUUGGGCUGUUGUUGGAAUCGAAACAUGAGAUUGCUCAUGUAUGAUUACAUGCCUAAUGGGAGCUUGGGUAGUCUCAUGCAUGAGAGGAAUGGGAACCCCUUGGAGUGGGAAUUGAGAUACCAAAUUUUGUUGGGAGCAGCACAAGGCCUUGCUUAUUUACACCAUGACUGUGUCCCUCCCAUUGUUCAUAGAGACAUCAAGGCCAAUAACAUCCUCAUUGGUCUCGAAUUCGAGCCUUACAUUGCUGAUUUUGGGCUAGCCAAGCUCGUCGAUGAUGGUGAUUUUGCCAGAUCCUCUAACACAGUUGCAGGUUCCUAUGGAUAUAUUGCUCCUGAAUAUGGUUACAUGAUGAAGAUCACGGAGAAAAGCGAUGUUUAUAGCUAUGGCGUAGUUGUAUUGGAAGUUUUGACAGGGAAGCAACCAAUCGAUCCAACCAUACCAGAGGGACUACAUUUAGCGGAUUGGGUGAGGCAAAUGAGGGGAGGAAUUCAAGUCCUUGAUCCAAGCUUGCUAGCAAGAUCAGAAUCAGAAAUUGAAGAAAUGAUGCAAGCAUUAGGCAUUGCCUUACUAUGCGUAAACUCCUCCCCGGACGAAAGGCCUACCAUGAAAGAUGUGGCAGCAAUGCUCAAGGAAAUCAAGCAUGAGAGAGAAGAGUAUGCUAAGGUUGAUGUUCUACUCAAGGGCUCUCCGGCCUCCAUCGAUGUUCAAGAAAAUAAGAACUCCAGUGGAGUUCAGGCAACGUCGUCAUCGGCACAGACUAUGCAAAGUUUGUAUCCAACAAGCAAUAACACAAGCUUCUCUGCAUCCUCAUUGUUAUAUUCAUCUUCCUCUAAUGCCAAAAUGGGAUUCAAGUGACACACUAGAUGGCUACAACUAUGCAGAAUAAGCUUGUUAUCUUAGUACUUUCUUCAGUUUUUAAAAUCUCUUUGUAUUUUAUUUUGAUGUAAAGAGGAAAAGGUUAAUGUUCGUAAUUAAUUAACGAAGGAGUACAAAUGAAUCCAACAUAUGCAAAUUUGGCUUUUGGAGCAA